CACUAAAAUGGACAAGAUUUCAGACAAGUGAAUGGUUGGAUGAGCAAAAGUUAAGAUUAAUUACUAGCCAUAUAUACCCAUAAGCCUUAAACCUAGUUAUUAAUUUUGUUUAAUAUCAGCAGAUUUGCGCGCGCGUGAUCCGCAUUUGUUGUAAAUCCAUUUUUUGCUUGUAUUAGUUAUGUCAUUAAUGAAAUGCAUUGAAAAAAAAAGUAGAGGCAUAAUAUAGAUCACUGUGGCACGAAUGUAUAACAACUUCAUCUGCUCGUCUGAUGAAGUGAACGUGAUAUUUGGCUAAUUGUUUUCAGCUGCCCUGCCGCUUUAAUGCGUCUUUUUUUCAGUUACUCUUGAAGUUACUUCUUGUUUUACACGCUUCUACUAUUACUUUAAUUCUUACUUGAAAGUUGCUUCUAUGAUAGCUGUACACCUCUCCUUUCAAGGUGAUGUGCGUCGUUUAAUAGAUUUCGCAUUCGAUGCGGGCCUGACUUUUUUGGCGUCUUGACAAUAUAAUGUUUUGCGAGUUAAUGCCCAGGUUUGGUAGCUUUUCUUGGUCCGGGUCUAGCAAUUCAUGCUUGUGAGGCUGACGCGUAGCCAUUAAACAGGACGCGGGAAUUUGAUGCUGCAGCCCUUUAAAGCAAUCAACUUCUGGUUGUUUCUAGUAAAGGAGUAUUUGUGCUGGUCUAUAUCCUCAGUGAAAAGUAUCUUUAUUAUUCUUUAAUUCGGUGUUAAUGUUAGCAAUAUGUUUUCAUCCAGUUCUUACUGUUGUGGUCGGAAUUUUAGUUUGCAUGUUAUAAAAAGACAAUAAAAAUCCUUUCCUGCAGGAAUUUUAGAGAAUAUAUAUAUAUAUAUAGUUUUUUUUAUGCUACCAUAACACUAAUGAGUUGUCGAUUUAUUAGUGAAUGAGUUUAGUUUACCAUUACCAGUAUACGUUUUCUUUCGUGCUGACGAACAGCUGUAGCUAUCUCUAAUAUCUACCAAAACAAAGUGUUUCCCAGAAGCUUCAAGCCACACUGUUGGUGACUGAGAAGAAAGACGGAGUGUUGGAAGCAUUAAACACGUCAUGCCACCAUUUCAAUGUUUCCUCCAGCUUCAGUAAGGUGGAGAGAGAAAACAGUAAGCGCCAGGAAGCAAACCAAUACAGCAAAGCAUGGGAAGGCAAAUGUGCAUGGUAUGAGAGAGGACGCAACUAAACCAGUUCUUCACAGAACAUCGCUUAUGCAUCCCAAAACGCUAGAAUUCCUGUGUGUGGACGAGCUGGUGGCCGCCACCGUUGCAUACCAACUCUCCGUUAAAAGUGCAGAGAGAAUAUGGGCAGCUGUUAGCCAGGUGUGGGAACUCCUCUGGCCGCUGGGGAGGGGUCUGGCGUGUCGCGCUACCUCGCUACUUCACUCUCAUCUUCUUUGCCAGUCGCUACUUGAUCACACUUCUCAACGCGUCGGACAGUUUCAAGUACAUGAUGCUACAUCAGCCGUGGUGACGCUUCUGGCUACCAAAACUCACACACUGACAUUCGUGCCAACUGAACCUCAGUUGCCUGCACUAAAUCCUGCACUAGCCGUACCCGUAUGGAGUGAGGACCUGCCCUUGCAGGAGCUUGUCUUGACAGGUAUUGAUAUGGGAUCAGAGUUGGACUUUCUUACUAGCCUGCUACUUUACUGCAAAAGACUCUCAAUCCUCAAGCUGGGUGGCAACUGUUCAGCAGAUGUACUCCAGGCAGCUCGUGACUGUCCCUUGACUGUACUACACUUAGGUGAGCGCCAAGCCUGGCAGCCCAGGAUACAGGAGAACGGUUUGGCUAAGAUGCUCAUAGGGUGUGAUGGAUCCUUGCAACAAGAGAUAGAGGCCAUAUGUGAAGGGAAACAACCCAGUUUCAGACCCUUCUGGCCUGAUCUUAUAGACGUGUGCACUGGCUGGUGUAAGGUAUCCUCUGAGUUCCUCCUCCUCCUCCUCAUUACAUUUCCAAAGCUGCAGCAACUUCAUAGUAAGCUUAUUGACACUUCGCUCGUUGUUAAACGGUAUGCAGAUCUAGCUAGGCAGGUUCCUGGCCUGCACAAUCUUGAUCUUACAACUAAUACUGUAAUCUACUUAUAUUUUUCCCAAAUAUACCGUUAUUUUCCAAAUGCUACGAAACUUCACGUCUUCAAUAUCACCGAUACUGAAAAACUAUUGUGGGAGUUGCUGGAAUCUUGUAAAGAUUUGCCACAUGUACAUACAUUGACACUGAUCGCAGCUCCAGGUCCCGUCCCACAACCCAGCAGGUUUCCUCCUAAAGAGCAGUUUAUUUCCUUCGGGCGGCGCAUCACGGAACUGCAUAUAGAGGAACAUCAUAGCGGUGACUGGGUCUUGACAAUGUUGAGCUUAUUUCCAAGUUUGCAACAUUUACGCCUUUCUGGAAGCGCCCUACACAUUCCUGAAGAGACGUGGUCUGUUGCUGUCUUCCCGUCCAUUUCUAAACUGGAAUGCAUAUACAGCUACUCAAAUAAGUUUUUACAGUUGUUGGCAUUAACCUUUCCCAGCUUGGAGUCAUUAAUUCUGAGGAGCCAAUCCUCCCAUCUCACAUUCAAACUACCCUGGGAGCAACUGUGUGAAAUGGUGUGGCUAAGGGAUGUGAGACUGAUAGCGAAGCUCGUGGACAACAUCUCUGGUUUGUGCUGCGUCCCAAGAGAUUCAUCUGACGGCAGGGAGUGGUGGCUAAGUGUUGCUCCAGGGAGCGUGGCUCCUGGCGAUUUGGCGCGGCUUAGAUGGUCCGGCUGGACUUGCUUUUAUAUCAAUGACUACCGAUGACUCUCAUUUCAAGACUGGAUAUCACAGGGAUAGAGAAGUUUGUGUCAAAUCUGUUUUCGAGUAAACUUGUAUACUAUUUAUGUAUUUUCGUCUUUUGUGAGAUAUAUUAAAUAUUUGUUCAUAUCUGAAGAAAUUAUCGA